UGUCCCCUUGUUGACUCGUCUCUGCCUUCCCUCUUGCCCGCUGUCCUUGUGCCAGUGGCCUGUGGAGUUAGUGCCAGAGAAGGCGGGGCCACUCACCGUGCAGUUUGAGCCCCUGCCACACACACGUAUCCACAUUCUGCAUGGACCUAAUCUCUCUGGAGUCCGUGUGUUCUUGGCAACCAUGCUGUUGAUCAGCUGGAACGUGAUUAAAGCAGCAUUAUGACUGAUCUAAAGGCCUCCGGGGUGGGGGAGCCUCCUCCGCCCUACAUGAUCUUCCUGGUCGUCUUCCUCUUCUUCAUGACUGGACUGCUGGGCUUCCUAAUCUGCCACCUGCUCAAGAAGAAGGGCUACCGCUGCCGGACCGGAGACAUGGAGGAAGAAGAGGAGGAGGGGAAGCUUGGAGAGGAUGAGGAUGGUGAGCAUGAAGAAAACCAGGACACAGUGGAGCAAAUCCUGAAAUGUAUCCUGGAAAAUGAAGCCAAUAUGGAGGCUUUCAAUGAGAUGUUUGUGAACCAGAACGUGUGCGUGCGCCACGACCCCAGGUUACGCAAAGAGUCCAUUGGCGGUGUUCCUCCCCAUCUUCAUACAGUCCACUCAGGCACCGACCACAACACCUGCCACCUUUGUGCGCAGGGUCGCGCUAAAAAGGGCCGCAGACAAAGCAGGACGCCUCGCACCAAACGACCCUGGGAGCAAACUGUGUUCUCUGUUGGAAGAUUUCGAGUGAUACACACUGAUAAGAGGCUCCAUGGUGGUGCUACUCCAUUGGCUACAUCAGGGGACCAGCUGGACCGAUCCCAGGACAGCGAGGACAGAAAGGAGGGCGGGUAUAAUCUGAGAAGUAUGUUCAAAGAGGUUCGCCGGCCUUCAGAAGGUGCCAAUGGAAUAUCUGGAAUUGCGGGAAGACGAAAAAAGAGUGUGACCAUAUUUGGACUGAGGCGGGGAAGUGACCCUGCAGGUGUAAGAGUAAAAGAGGCGACGGGGAGGGAGUUUGGAGAGGUCAAAUUUAGUUUCCAGCAGCCUGUAGUUUUGGAGGAACCUCGACGGACAGCGAAAAUCAAAGCUGAUCCUGAGCAUUCUAUAAAACCUGGUACCAAGUCCGAACCUGAGCUUGUUUCAGCUCAAUGUGAUGCUAAAAGCUCAGGUCACGUAACAUCUCCUUCUAUUCAAAGUAAGACAAAGGCCUUGAGUCCUAGCUCCAGUCCCAAGGAAUGUUCUGAGCUCGGAGCAAGCCCUCAACCAACAAACACCAUGACCACAACUCCUACUGGGACCACAGUAGCUUCUGCCCCAAGUUACCUUACUAUUUCAUCUGAGAGGAGAGUAAAUGUUGACAAUAAGAUGUUAAAGAUGGAAGAAGCAUACGAUCCUGGACCUCUACAGACCUCUACACCCAUUGCCCCCAUUCCAACGUCCAUUCCAGGCUUCAUACCUGUGAUGCCUAUUGAACUCCAUUCUACCAAAAGUUUUUCAGUUGACCAAACUCCCCCUGACCCAAGCUCCAGCCCAGACCUGGAGCCAGGCUUUGGAACUGGCCUCCAUUUGAUAAGCUUAGGUUCAUCUCCCCUUGCUUCCUUGGCCGAGUCACCAAGCCUCCAAAGUACGUCAGACAACGUGCCAUCAGAGGGAAUACAAGCUGCCUUCUCCCCUGGCCCCGCACCAAGCCCAAAACUCUUGCUGCCUCAAGAAAUGUCCAGCCAAGAAUGUAGGUCAUCUUCAUCCUUGGGGCCAAGUGGCAGCCCAGCACAGUCCCUCUCCCUCUCACUUUCUCGUGAUGACCAAAACCUUCGUCCUACCCUGAAGUCAUUAAGUGUAAGAUCUGAAACACCUGUGAUCAAAGGAAAUGUUUCCAGCUCAUCGGCUAUAAAGGUGCAGGAAGCAGAAGGAAGCACAAUCCCAAAAACUGAGGAAAAGAUAGAAAUAAAGAGACCUGGGAUUCUGAAAACAUCUAAACUUUCCCCAGUUGCAACAGGAGAUCCUAAAGGUUCUGGCUUUUCCUCUCCAUCCGAUCAGCCGGUGAAGGAUAAACUGAGCAGUUUGCCUUCGCCGCAUUUCGGCCCGGCGUCCCCGUCCUCACCUGAAAGCACUAGAAUAAGUAGUGUGACUAUUGUUAAAGCCAGCCCUGACAGCAAGAGAGAGUUUUCUGUUGUCACUAUGGUGGAGGACGAAGGAACUCCUACGUCUAUAACAGAUCAGAAAGGAAGGACUUCUGAACAUGAGAGAAGGACAGGUGGUCCAGCAGCCAGUCAACAAGGAAAGUUUUCUGUUUCAAGUGUUGAAGAACCUGAGAGUGAGAGCAAAGAAAGGUCAGGGAUGGAGGUUAGGCCAACGCUGACGAAAGACAAUGAUGACCUGAUGGAGAUGGAAGAUAUUAGAGACUGCAAGGUUACUCAGGUGGAAGGAGCUGAGAGGAAGGAGAACUAUAUGAUGCAGAUGCAAUCAAAACAGGAUUGAGAGAUGAAGCUGUGGGGGGGGGGGGUUGGAAACUUCCUAUGACGAUCCAAAAAAGAAAAAGUGGUACCACUCAGUGAAGGUUAGGAGAGGACAAAUAAUAGUAUGAUCAAAGAUCGUUAUGAUCUUUGAUGAUAUUUUCACUAUAAUGAACAUGUUUGUAGGAGACUGGACUGGCAAGUUAAAUGACCAGCCUGAUGAAGACAAUGAUCAGCUUUGCAACCUUUCCAAACUAAACAAUGUACUCUUUGGACUAGAGAUAAUAAUUUUUGAAGGUUUUUUUUUUGUCUUUCUUUUUUUUAUAAAUCAAGUUUUAGAUUUUAGCCAUGGAAGGGGGAGAGGGAGAGUCAACGGCUCCAUCUCCCACUGGGAGAGACACUGACUGUUUACAUGCAGUCAAUAACCCCUUUAAAACCCGAAUAUUAGCAAUAACCGUGUUUUGUACGGCCAUGUAAACACCAAUAACCCCUUUGAAUAACCUGAAUUUGCUCAUAUUCAGGUUUUUAAAAACCCCAAUAUGACCCCUGGGUUACUCCUUUUAAAACCUGAAUAUUGGGUCAUGUAAACUCCAAACAGAAUAUCCCCAUCAAACGGAACAGGAAUUUGUUUUCUGCACAUGCUCUGUUCACAAGGAAUCCUGGUCUUUUGAGUCCAGGAAGUUCUUAUAAACACGGAGAAACACAAGACCAGGAGGAGACUAAUCACUUCAUAAAUGUAAUGAAGGAUAUGAACAUUUCUGCAUUUGUAGACGGUAGAAAGUACCGGGAUAGAAGAUUUACAAGAAGGUGAGAGAAAAGUUGCGCGAAGCAGCAUUUGUUUUGAAUUUGGAUACAGGAAGAAGAAGCAGAAAUGACGGUAAUUGCGUCAUCACGUUCUCCGCGCGUUGCUGGUUUGAUCGAGAUAUCCUGAAUGAUUAAUUACCAUGUAAACGGAAUAUUCAGAAUGUCUCAGUAACCGGAAUAUUAGCAAUAACCUGAAUUUUGACUGCAUGUAAACGUAGUCCCUGACUCCAUCUCCCACUGAGAGAGGAACCGGCUCCAUCUUCACCACCGACUCCAUCUCCCACUGGUACCUUGAAAUGUCUCUACAUGCUUGUUUGAGUGGCAUAACCUUUGUUCUGAUAUAUAUAUUCUCUUCACAAUGGGUUGUAAUAAAUGUUGACAUCUUGAGACUUUUCUAUAGUGGUGCUUGAUAGUUUGUGAAUCCUUAUCUGGAUUUUUGCAUCUCAUGAUGGUGUAGGUCAUAUUUUAGGUCACAAGACCUAAACGUUCAUCGAGAACCCAGUUCAACAAAUCCAGUCUGAACAAUCACAUAUAAUAUACAUACUAAUAUAAUGAAUUAAUAUAAUCAGUAUUUAGUUAAUCUGGAUAAAUGAUCCACUAUUACAUGUGUAGAGUGAAAAUGUGUGUUUGUUUUUUCCCCAGAACUUUGUGGGGGCUUACGUGUGAAGAAAUAACAGCAACUAAACGUUAAAAAAUUAAAAAUGUGCUACAGUUGCAUCAACAGGUUGAAAAUGUCAGCCUGUAAUUGGCAAAUGCUGAAACACCACAACGUCUAAAAAAUUGUUUUGCCAGCCCAUUGAUAUGAAUUAAUAUUCCUAAUGUGUGCAUCAGGAUAGAUAUCUUGAAAUCGUUUUUAUACAGUUGGGUUACUAUCACUGGCUGACUGAAUAGAGAUUGAAAAUUGUCAUUUUCAUCUGUUGAGCCAUGCUGCUAAUAUUGUCCUAACUCUAACCCUAACGUAUGUGAACACAUACUAUGUAUAUACUGCUGUUGAGGAUGGUGUAAAAAUGAACAGUCAGUAUCCGUAACAGGUGUCACUGUCUUCAGUUGAACUAUUUGUUUCACUGCCAUUCUUUUUACUGUUGACUGUUGUAAGAAAGGUUCAGGGGGAAGCGUCCAGUACAACUGUCACCCUAACUUAUUGGAGUUAGGUUUCUCUCAUGCUUAGUUUGUUGCUUUAGGGAGUCAUUCAGUAAAAGAUAAACAUGGUUUGUAAUGUGGUUGUAUUAAGGAAAGCCAUUUUCCAACCAAAUGUAACAGUUUUUAGUGCAUAAACGUAACCAGAUGGCUUAGAUCCCUAAACAUAACCAGAUGGUUUAGAUCCCUAAACAUAACCAGGUGAUUUAGAUCUCUAAACAGAACCAGAUGAUUUAGAUCCCUAAACAUAACGAGGAGAUCUAGAUCCCCUAAACACAACCAGAUGAUUUAGAUCCCUAAACAGAACCAGAUAAUUUAGAUCCAUAAACAUAACCAGAUGGUUUAAAUUCCUAAACAUAACCAGGUGAUUUAGAUCCCUAAAAAUAACCAGGUGAUUUUGAUCCCUAAACAUAACCAGAUGAUUUAGAUCCCUAAACAUAACCAGAUGGUUUAGAUCCCUAAACAUAACCAGAUGAUUUAGAUCCCUAAACAGAACCCGAUGAUUUAGAUUCCUGAACAUAACCAGUUGAUUUAGAUCCCCUAAACAUAACCAGAUGAUUUAGAUCCCUAAACAUAACCAGAUGAUUUAGAUCCCUAAACAUAGCCAGGUGAUUUAGAUCCCUAAACAUAACCAGGUGAUUUAUAUCCCUAAACAUAACCAGAUGGUUUAGAUCCCUAAACAUAACCAGGUUAUUUAGAUCCCUAAACAGAAUCCGAUGAUUUAGAUCCCCUAAACAUUACCAGGUGAUUUAGAUCCCUAUUGAUAUUCAGAUAUUUAGAGACAUGUAGGAGUGGGCACAGUGGUGCAGCUGGUAGUGCAGGCACCUCAAAUGGGCAUGUUUACCCCCCCCCCCCCCCCAUGACUUCAGCGCCCACACCCUGGGUGGGGUUGGUGAAAGGGCCUUUCUGUGUGGAGUUUGCAUGUUCUCCCCGUGUUCCCUUGGGUAGCAAUGUGAGCUACUUUCACAAAAACAUGCAGCAGUCCUGGGCUCUACUGCCCCCUCUGGCCAACCGGGGCGCCAGAUGAGGUGGGGAGGAUCCGGCCGGAAUAACGUGAUCCUUCCACGUGCUACGUCCGCCCGGAAAAAACCCCACCCUGCCUGGUGAAAAGAUGCAGCCUGCUCACUCCUCAGGUUAAGGAGGAGACCUGAGCUCAGUGCGGGAACUCCCGGGGUUGGUAGAGGGAGCAAUGCCCAGGACUGUCACUUAAGUAGGAGCACUGGGUGAAAAAUGGGGAAAAAUAAGGGGUACGUUUGUUUGUUUAUUAAGAAAUUGAGACAUGGAACUUGUUUGGUAAUAAACACAAAACCGGCAUCCUGGAUAAAUAUUCACAUAACGAACCAUUCAGUGUACAGAAGACAUGUCUUUAAUAUCUCAUCAUUCCGGGAGACUAAUUCAUGUGUAGCAACAAUGAUAAUGAUAAACCAUAAACCUUUGUCCAUGCAAAGCUUUCUUAACAAUGAAGGUGAAGGUGACUGGUUUAAAUCUGUGCAGACUUGAUAUACUCGCCUACUACAUACUUGCAUUUUCUCCAGGCACUCUGACUUCCUCCCAGAGUCAAAAAACAUCAAUGUUCAUUUGGGUUUGAGCGUUUAUGUUGUUUUAUUUGCGCCCACCCCAGUCUUGUCUAGGGUAUGCCUUGCCUUAUGCCUAACCCCACUGUCAUCCCAACGAAUUAACUAGACCAUAGACUCCCAAAGAUUUUUACAACGAGUAAAGUCUUAAGGAGACGUUUAUGCAGCUAGAGAGUUUAGCGGACAGCAAGCUCCAUAAAUAAGCUCUAAUGGUCUGACGGCCCACUAUCCAUCCUGGGAAUAACUAACAUUGAGGAAUUUGGAUCUCAAUAAGACAUUUAAGGCUUUGAAAGUGAGCAAAUGACCGUAAUUCCAAUCCUAUAGUCUAAACAACGGAGCGGGAUGUUGUGAUUGACACUAUUUGAAGUUGCACUUAAAUACAAAAGAAUAAAAACUUGAGCAUUUUCUUUCUCUUUUUGUUCUCUUUCUGGGCUAAAAAGUAUCCUAAAACCGUAUGCAAACUGUUAAAAAGAUGAAAGAUGAGAGAGAUGAGAAGCAGCAAGGUUUUUGGUUCAAAUCGUGGUUGGGUUCUUUCUGUAAGGAGUUUGUGCUUUCCCCAUGCCUGCACGGUCACUUUUCAGUUUUCUGGACGUCUGUAUGAAUUAGUGCGAGCAUGCCAAGUAGUUUGUCCGAACCGUCUCUGCGUGGCCCUGUGGUGGACUGGUGCCCAUGUAUGCCGCUUUUCCACUAGUAUUCAAUUCAAUUCAAUUCAAUUCAAUUCAAUUCAAUUCAAUUUUAUUUAUAUAGCGUCUAAUACAACAGAUGUUGUCUCUAGACGCUUUCCAGUGACCGAGAACAUAAACCCCCGAGCAAUUAUUACAUAAACAAUAGCAGGUAAAAACUCCCCUAGUGGGAGAAAAGCCUGAAGCCAAACAGUGGCAAGAAAAACUCCCCUUUAGGAGGGAAGAAACCUUGAGCAGGACCAGGAUCAGGGGGGACCCUCCUGCCGAAGGCCAGACUGGGGGGUCGGGGACGUCAACGGCACACAGCAGGCAUGUGGAAGCAGCAGCGGGAUGACCAGAGGGAUGGGGGCGCAGGCAGGUGGAAGAAGUAGCGGGAUGACCAGAGGGCGCUGGG